AUGGCACCACCACAAACCUUGGGGUCACAACCCAUCCCACCCUUUUAUCGCCUCUGGUUCACCAUCGUCGACCCCAUCGUAUGCCUGGGCACAAGCUUCAUGUGUUUCUGGGACCCGGAUCUGGGUCUGACGUCGGUGGUACCGGUUGACAUUGCCACGCGCAAUCCCUACCAGGACUUUCUGUUCCACCAGACCGGUGGUCUCUAUCUGAUGCUGGCCAUUCACCUUGCCGUCCUACUUCGCUAUACCUCGGAUCUGGGCGUCUGGAAGAUUAAUCAGGCCGCUGUCCUUGUCGUCGAUUUCAUCCUCUUGUGGAGCCAAUACUACUCGCAGAGGCAGCAAGGUCGCCUCGCUCUGGACGCUUGGCGGCAGGAGGACUAUGCCGCGGCGGCGAUAACCAUUUUCGUCGCAGUAUUGCGUACUUGCUUCCUUCUCAAUGUCGGAUUCGAGCCCGGAAAAACACAUGAGAAGGCCAACUAG